GGCGCCAGGCACCAGCCCAGCAUCACACUUCUUUCUGCCGGGGAAGGAAAAAGUCUCUUCUUCAGCAGCAAUAGCAAGUGUUGCCUUCGCACUUGGACAGAAAAUGCGACUCUUUGGCUUCAUGUUUUGGGAUUUUGACUUCUUCCGGCCGCUUUGACAGGAGCUUCUCGCAGACAACAUCAACUUUGUCGGGAGAAUUCAAAACCCCAAUCCAAGUUUUGGAUCGGACAUCCACGGCGGGAAGUGAAGUAAAGCCACUAAACAACAACAACAACAACAACAAGAAAACCCAGACCACCAAGAUGGAAGAGGAACAGUGCUACUACAACGAAACCAUCGCUUUCUUCUACAACCGCAGUGGCAAGUACUUAGCCAGGGACUGGAACACGGUCAGCCGCCUGGUGAUGGGUCUCGGCAUCACGGUCUGCAUCUUCAUCAUGCUCGCCAACCUCCUGGUGAUGAUUGCCAUCUACGUCAACCGGAGAUUUCACUUCCCCAUCUACUACCUGAUGGCUAACCUGGCAGCUGCGGACUUCUUUGCCGGACUGGCUUACUUCUACCUGAUGUUCAACACGGGACCGAACACCCGACGUCUGACCGUUUCGACGUGGCUGCUGCGCCAAGGUUUGAUCGACACCAGCCUGACGGCGUCGGUGGCCAACCUCCUCGCCAUCGCCAUCGAACGUCACAUCACGGUGUUCCGCAUGCAGCUGCACACGCGCAUGAGCAACCGCCGCGUGGUGGUGGUGAUUGUCAUCAUCUGGACUAUGUCUAUUGUCAUGGGGGCCAUCCCGAGCGUGGGCUGGAACUGCAUCUGCAGUAUUAAAUCAUGCUCCAACAUGGCCCCGCUUUAUAGCAACUCCUACCUAGUCUUCUGGGCGGUCUUUAACCUGGUGACGUUUGUUGUCAUGGUGACGCUCUACGCCCACAUCUUUGUCUACGUGCGCCAAAGGACCAUGCGGAUGUCCCGUCACAGCUCCGGACCGCGGCGAAACCGGGACACAAUGAUGUCGCUGCUGAAAACCGUGGCCAUCGUGUUGGGCGCUUUCAUCAUCUGCUGGACCCCCGGCCUGGUCAUCCUCCUCCUGGACGUCUUCUGCGCCAGCUGCAACGUGCUCACCUACGAGAAGUUCUUCCUGCUCCUGGCCGAGUUCAACUCCGCCAUGAACCCCAUCAUCUACUCCUACCGCGACAAGGAGAUGAGCGCCACCUUCCGGCAGAUCCUGUGCUGCCAGCGGCAGGAGAACGUCAACGGGACGGCGGCGGAGGGCUCGGACCGCUCCGCCUCGUCCGUCAACCACACGGUGCUGAGCGGCGGCCUGCACCACCAUCACCACAACGAACACUCGGUGGUGUAGAGGACGGCGAGGAUCGUAGAUUGGCGAUGGACUCGGGGGAAGGACGAGGAGGCAUUAUCACAAAGACUUUGAAAGGAUGUUAGUAUUUUUUUUUUUUUUUCUUCUGUUUGAGUUAAAUGUGAAAUGACAGUACAAUAAUCUCCUGUUUACGUCCAUCGAGUGUUUUUCGAUGAGUGGCGUUAACAGGAUUACGGAACAACGACUAACAGGAGUCACUCUCGUGCACUACCCCCCCCCCCUCAAGACCCAAAAUGGUGCAUUCCACUAUGCCCGUCCACUCCUGACAGUGCACAGAGAGCUCGCUGUUUAGCAUCAGCCAGCGUCUUGAGUCACUGAGCUGUGAGUGGAACAAUCCACGCACAAAAAAAAAACAGCCAUUUGUAACUUUUCUUACAUGAAGCAGGAACAAACAAACCCCAGUCAUGGCGCUCGGCGGAAUGUGACCCACUUUCUACAGAGGGGGGGGGUCCCAUGACAUCAUUAUAAUCUUCAAUUCAAACUAAACUAAGCUUUUGAACACGUUGACUUCGACUUGAUGACUCAGCUUAUUCAACUCGAACCAGAUGUAUUUUUAUUUUUUUUAAUUUUUUUUUGGUCUGCUUUUGAUGUUCAUCAAUGAGAAAACCUAAAACCAAAUGAAAACAAACUCACAAGCAUCUCAGCUCUGCAAAUAUCCCAAAAUAAACCAGAUGAAUGCAACCAAACAGCUUCGGGGGGCUGCCGUCAGACUUAAAUAUACAGUCCUGGUCAAAAGUUUACAUACAUUUCUACCAGUCUUGUUUUUUUUUUUUUUUUCGUGUGAUGUAGUGAUUGGAGCACAUACUUGUUGCUCACAAAAAAAAAACAUUCAUGAAGUUUGCUUCUUUUAUUUGCUUUAUUAUUAUGACCUAGGGCAGGGGUCGGGAACCUUUUUGGCUGAGAGAGCCAAAAAGCCGAAUAUUUUAAAAUAUAUUUCCGUAAGAGCCAUAUAAAAUAUUUUUUUAACACAGAACACAACUAAACACGUGCAUUUUUAAGUAAGACCAACAUUUCUAGAGUAUAAUAGGUCUCUUAUUGUUAUUCUGAAGCUAACUGUGGAGGGGGCGUGGCCUGCGGGCCUGCAGCGACAGGCGUGUAGAAGGCCCAGCUGGGCCUUGUUACCUGUUGCUCUGUUAUAAGCAGCAGCCAGGAGGAGAGACAGGGUUGGGGCUGGAAAUACAAUUGCUGGAAAGCAACUGAGGGACUAAUUGAAAAAUAAAACAAUAUUGUAACCCUGAAACAGGCUCUCGUGUCGGUGCUUGUGGGUCUGAAGAACCCCCAGGAGGGCAAAACCCACACUAACCAAUAAUAAAUAAAUAACUUCUUACCAUUAACGCAACUUCUUGAACAGGUGCGGUAGGAAACGGAUGGAUGGAUUAAAAAUGCAUGAGAAUGUUUUAUAAUUUUAACAUUAUUUUUAACACUGUGAUUACAAGUGGAAUUAUUCAUUACUUAUCGUGUUAAGCAACGUCAGGUCAGAUUUAUCAGAGAGCUAGAUGCAUUCAUCAAAAGAGCCACAUCUGGCUCUAGAGCCAUAGAUUCCCUACCCCUGACCUAGGAGUGUAACGGUACACACAAAAUUUGGUUCCGUACGUACCUCGGUUUAGAGGUCACGGUUUGGUUCAUUUUCGGUACAGUAAGAAAACCACAAGAUAAUAAUUUCUUGGGUAUUUAUUUACCAAAUUUGUAAACAAUGGCUUUAUCCUUUCAACAUUGGGAACACUAUAAUAAUUCUGCCCAUGUUAAUUAAACUGCCUCAAAUUGUUGCUCAGAUUAAAUAAAAGACCAAACUUUUCUUCUGCAACAUUUAACAGUUUCAAGUCAACUCAUCAUGCUUAAUUUAUUACAGCAUUUGGGAAGCCUGUAGUUGAUUUUUAUUAUGUAAAUGUUAUAUUUGUAUCAACAUGUGAUAGCAGGGACCCUGCCAUUCAUAACUAGGCUGCUACAUUACCAAUGAUUCAUGAAACUUUAGCUGAAAAAAUAGCACAAUAGCAAUAGGAGAUAUUCAUCCCUGAACACCAUGGAGUUCAUGUAGGCCCAUGUUAAUUAAACUGCCUCAAAUUGUUGUUCAGAUUAAAUAAAAGACCAAACUUUUCUUCUGCAACAUUUAACAGUUUCAAGUCAAGUCAUCAUGCGUAAUUUAUUACAGCAUUUGGGAAGCCUGUAGUUGAUUUUUAUUAUGUAAAUGUUAUAUUUGUAUCAACAUGUGAUAGCAGGGACCCUGCCAUUCAAAACUAGGCUGCUACAUUACUACUGAUUCAUGAAACUAUAGCUGAAAAAAUAGCACAAUAGCAAUAGGAGAGACUAGUCAUCCCUGAACACCAUGGAGUUCAUGUAGGCCCAUGUUAAUUAAACUGCCUCAAAUUGUUGCUCAGAUUAAAUAAAAGACCAAACUUUUUCUGCAACAUUUAACAGUUUCAAGUCAACUCAUCAUGCUUAAUUUAUUACAGCAUUUGGGAAGCCUGUAGUUGAUUUUUAUUAUGUAAAUGUUAUAUUUGUAUCAACAUGUGAUAGCAGGGACCCUGCCAUUCAAAACUAGGGUGCUGCAUUACUAAUGAUUCAUGUAACUAUAGCUGAAAAAAUAGCACAAUAGCAAUAGGAGAGACUAUUCAUCCCUGAACACCAUGGAGUUCACAUAUGGCCCAUGUUAAUUAAACUGCCUCAAAUUGUUGCUCAGAUUAAAUAAAAGACCAAACUUUUCUUCUGCAACAUUUAACAGUUUCAAGUCAACUCAUUAUGCAUAAUUUAUUACAGCAUUUGGGAAGCCUGUAGCUGAUUUUUAUUAUGUAAAUUUUAUAUUUGUAUCAACAUGUGAUAGCAGGGACCCUGCCAUUCAAAACUAGGCUGCUACAUUACUAAUGAUUCAUGUAACUAUAGCUGAAAAAAUAGCACAAUAGCAAUAGGAGAGACUAUUCAUCCCUGAACACCAUGGAGUUCAUGUAGGCUUUAUGAUGCACUUACAUUAUUAUAUCCACUAUCAAAGACAGAAACUCUUCAUUUACAUUUUGUCCUUUUUUUGUUUCAACACACCUCAAUCAACACUGUCCGUAACACACACACGCACACACCGCAAAAUGAGCUAAAGUUACGCUAAAAGGCUAAUUAGCCUUCACCUCAAGCCAGGAAUGCGAGUGAGCUGAGCUGCAGUUUGUUUCUAGAAGAUCAACGGGCUCAUAGUGAUGUUAGUAGUAAUAGAUUUGGAAGUUUUUAGUAUAAUUUGGGGAGAGUCCGCCGCUCACCUGCUAUCUGCUCGACGCUGAAGCGCUGACUAAAUACGCUCUGAAUACGCACUGCUGAUUGGCUGUUACCGCUACGGUUGUAACCAAUCAGAUGGUUUUGUGGGUGGGACAAUGCUGGGUGCUGUGUAGGAGACAGAGGCAGAACGGAGCGGAGCAGCUUAUUAAGACCUUAGCAUAGGCGGCUACUUCAUAUGUUCGUGUGGAACUCGUUCGGUAUUCCUCCGCACCGAACCGAAACCCCCGUGCCGAAACGGUUCAAUACAAAUACACGUACCGUUACACCACUAUUAUGACCACAUAACUCUCCUCCAGAAGGUUUUAUCUUUGUCCAUGUGAUGUCAGAUGAAACCAAAUUUGAGCUGUUUGGCCACAAUACCCAGCAAUAUGUUUGGAGGAGAAAAGGCGAGGCCUUUAAUCCCAGGAACACUAUCCCUACCGUCAAGCAUAGUGGUGGUUUGGUUCUAUUAUGAAUUUAUCAUGGGUCUACUGAAAAUGUGACUAGGUCAAAAGUAUACAUACAGCAAUUUUAAUAUUUGCUUACAUGUCCCUUGGGUGAGUUUUUCCUUGCCCUUAUUUGGGCUCUGUACCGCGAAUGUCAUUGUGGCUUGUGCAGCCCUUUGAGACACUAGUGAUUUAAGGCUGUAUAAAUAAACAUUGAUUGAUUGAAGUUUCACUGCAAUAAGGCGCUUUUGGUAGCCAUCCACAAGCUUCUGCUUGAAUUUUUUGACCACUCCUCUUGACAAAAUUGGUGCAGUUCAGCUAAAAGUGUUGCUUUUCUGACAAGGACUUGCUUCUUCAGCAUUGUCCACACGUUUAAAUCAGGACUUUGGCAAGGCCAUUCUAAAACCUUCAUUCUAGCCUAAUUUAGCCAUUCCUUUGCCACUUUUAGUGUGUGUUUGGGGCUUCAUUGUUCUGUUGGAACACCCAACUGCGCCCAAGACCCAAUCUCCGGACUGAUGAUUUUAGCUUGUCCUGAAGAAUUUGGAGGUAAUUCUUCUUUUUCUUUGUCCCAUUUACUCUCUGUAAAGCACCAGUUCCAUUGGCAGCAAAACAGACCCAGAUUAUAAUACUACCACCACCAUGCUUUGGCAGUAGGUAUGGUGUUCCUGGGAUUAAAGGCCUCACCUUUUCUCCUCCAAACAUAUUGUUGGGUAUUGUGGCCAAACAGCUCCAUUUUUGUUUCAUCCGACCACAUGGACAAUUUAUCUUUGUCCAUGUGAUGUCAGAUGAAACAAAAAUUUAACUGUUUGGCCACAAUAGGAGUGGUCAAAAAAUGAAGCAGAAGCUUGUGGAUGGCUACCAAAAGCGCCUUAUUGCAGCGAAACUUGCCAAGGGACAUGUCAGCAAAUAUUAAAAUUGCUGUAUGUAUACCCAUAAUAAAUUCAUAAAAGAACUAAACUUCAUAAAUUUGUUUUCUUGAACAACAAGUAUGUGCUCCAAUCACUCAAUCACAAAAAAAAUAAGAGUUGUAGAAAUGAUUGUAAACUCAAGACGGCCAUGACAUGAUGAUCUUUAUGUAUGUAAACUUUUGACCACGACUGUAGGAAAUGGGUUAAAAAAAAAGCUGCAAGCAAUCCCAACUUGUUUAUUUCCCUUCUAAGGCCUUAAAGACAACUUGUUCCCCAGGUUCUGCCCAAAGAAGGGGAGGAGGAUGUUUGCAGUUUUACGGCAUGCAUGCAGGCCGGCCCGCGGAGGCGCCGCGUUAUGCAGAGAAAAGGUGAAGGCCGUCCUGCCGAGUGUUGACAGACUGCAGACUGUGACAUGAAAUGUGAACACUUAAUCUGCUUUCUGCCUUUUUCUUGCCUUUGUGUCGGAGCGCUACAAACAGCUGGAGGUCACACCACACACCAGCGGGCACACCAAGUAAACCACUUCUAGUCAAUCGGCCAAUCUUAAAAAUGACAAACACAAAGGGAUGCUGGGAAGUACUUCAGUUUGGAGUUGACACACUCUCUGGUCUCAGAUGGUUCAUUAAAACAUUUCAUGCAAUCCUCCAUUUGGGGGGAAGGUCAUGACCAGGGACUGAAUGUUACACACCCGUUCAAAUAGAUUCAUGAGGUUUUUUUUUUAAUUAGAUAUAUGUUCAGUUGUCAAGUUGUAUGUAUAAUAGAUGCACUUUUUUUUUACCUUGCAAUUGGCUACCGGCUAUCUGAAGUGCUUUAAUCAUCUCUGAGGGGAAAUUAAGAUUUUCAGCACAAUCCCAUUCAAGAGCAGACAAACAUUACAGGUAGACAGAACCGGAUCAAACAUUACAGGGAGACAGAACUGGAUCAAACAUUACAGGUUAACAGAACAGGAUCAAACAUUGGAGGACAGGAUCAAACAUUACAGGGAGACAGAACAGGAUCAAACAUUACAGGGAGACAGAACAGGAUCAAAAAUUGCAGGACAGGAUCAAAAAAUACAGGUUGACAGAACAGGAUCAAACAUUAUAGGGAGACAGAACACGAUCAAACAUUGCAGGACAGGCUCAAACAUUACAGGGAGACAGAACAGGAUAAAACAGGACAGGAUCAAACAUUACAGGGAGGCAGAACAGGAUCAAACAUUGGCGGACAGGAUCAAACAUUACAAGGAGACAGAACAUGAUCAAACAUUACAGGGAGAUAGAAUAUGAUCAAACAUUACAGGGAGACAGAACAGGAUCAAAGAUUACAGGACAGGAUCAAACAAUACUGGGAGACAGAACAGGAUCAAACGUUGCAGGAUAGGCUCAAACAUUACAGGGAGACAGACGAGGAUCAAACAUUACAGGGAUACAGAACAGGAUCAACCAUUACAGAACAGGAUCAAACAUUAUAGGGAGACAGAACAGGAUCACUGAUGAGUCUGCCAAAUUCUGGCGGCCCUUUUUUUCCACCGGGGGAUGGGUGAAAAAAAUUCAGUUCAAGCCUAAACCAAGAAAAAAAAAAUAAUAGCCAUAGCACACAUAAGCAUGUGUGUAAAAGGGAAACGUCAAAGAACAAUAAAGGACAUUAAAGACAUUUAAAAGAGCAGAACUUAUGCAACCAGCCAUUUCUAUAUACAGCUACAAAAGUAAAAAUAAAAAUGUGGUGGCCUCUGCGGUGUUCCACGCCAUUGUCUGCUGGGGUGGGGGCGAGCAUGGCCAGAGACGGGAGCAGACCCAACAAAGCAACCGAGAGAGCCGACUCCAACCACGGCCGCCCACUAACUCCCGGCCAGUGUCCAGUCCGCAUGGAUGAGCGAGGAUGCAUCCAAGGAGACCGAGGGCGACAUUAAUUAAUUAAUCAAAUAAUUAAUUAACCAACAUUAAUUAAUGUAUUUAUGUAAUCGGAUUAAUUAUGGCAAUGUUGGCAUGCCACACACAGACAUCAGGGUUUAUCAUAUUUAACCAGACUAUAAAAUGCAUCUGUAUAUAAGCCGCACCCAGUAAAGGUUUUGUAUUUUAUUUUAUUGAAUUUUUUUAAUCAGUCCAACAAAAUAAGACACAAUAAUACCAUGAUAAUGCAAUUCCAAUUCCAAAACCGAACCCGGCCCAGCAACAUUCAGAAUAGCAAUCAACAGAGCAAUUGAGAAGACACACAAAACAUGACACAAAACAUGACACAAAACAAUCCAAAAGUCGUCAAACAAAAAUGAAUAAUAUCAACAAACAGUAUCAAUAGUCAUAAAAAUUCCAACAUAACGGUGAUUAGAAACAUGUUUCAAUACAUUAGCCGGACUAUAUGCUGCAGAUAUAUACAUUGUGAAAGGAGAUAUACACAGAAAUAUGUUGUAAAUGUUCAUUUACACACCUUAAUUGUUUCUAUACGGUGCCUGUAACACAGCAGUAAAACGGCUGUUCAAACAAAAUGGAAGUCAUCGUCAUGGACCCACUAACUGCGGUUUUGGUGAAUUUACUGAAGAAUUUGUGGUAUACAAAAAGAAUGCCAUUGUAAGUAAUAAUACUUAACACAGACACUUGUUAGCAUAUUAGCUAAUGCUAGCGACGCAAGCUUGAUUACACUACGAUAGCACGUACAAAUAUGCAUGAAAGCAUUCCUACAGACGGUUUAGUAAGUAUUGAUAGUUUUAGUUAAAUUGUAAAACUUACAAAGAUUGCUUGGAGUGAUAAAUGAGGAGAAACGCUAUGGAUGAAUAGGAGACGGUUGAAAGCAGAAGGAGAUCCUGUAACGUUAGCAAACUUGUCCAAAAGGUGGCGCCAUUUCACAAAAAUUAACACAGGUUUUCAGUGUUUUUGCAUUAUGACUGUUAGCGAAGAAAAGCCAUAAAUUAACCACACCGUUUUAUCAGCCACAGGGUUCAAAGCGUAGGAAAAAUGGUAAAACCUACAAAGAUUACUUGGAGUGAUAAAUGAGGAGUCUAUAUGAGGAGAAACGAUAUGGAUGAAUAGGAGACGGUUGAAAGCAGGAGAUCCUGUAACGAUAACAAACUUGUCCAAAAGGUGGCGCCAUUUCACAAAAAUUAACACAGGUUUUUAGUGUUUUUGCAUCAUUACUGUUAGCGAAGAAAAGCCAUAAAUUAGCCACACCGUUUUAUAAGCCACAGUGUUCAAAGCGUAGGAAAAAGUAGCGCUUUUUUGGUAUUAAUUAUACACGUGUAUAUAUACACAUAUAUAUGUAUAUACAUAUAUGUAUGUAUAUAUAUAUAUAUAUAUAUAUAUAUAUAUAUAUAUAUAUAUAUAUCAAACCGACAUAAGUGGUAAUGGGUCAACAGUCUUUUAUUUUUUCCAAACAACGCAACAACAUGAGAGCAAGCUUAAAAUGUCAACGCACACGUACACACACAAAUGUCUCUUUGGUGCGAUCCAAAACGUUUACCACCAUGUUGCUACUACAAAAAAAAACAAUAAAGUGAAGUCAUUCAACCUUGUCUGUGAAUAUUUGUGGCAAUGUUGAACAAUCUGAGCAUUUUGGAGCGAUAAACGAGGCUGCCGUUAGCGCAAACUAAGCAGUAGUGAGGCGAUCCUUCAUUGGCUCGUGUCCCGGUAGUGCCUUCUCCUUCUCUGUAAUAAAGGUCACAUGUAGCAACUUUUUUUUUUUUUCCGGUCUCAUCACAAUUAAAGAUUUGCUGCAGAACAACUCGAACGGAAGGGUAAGCCGGACGUCAACUAACUAAAACCUCAAAGCGUUUAUCUGCGCGAUGCAAACAGUCCUCAAGUCAAAAAGAUCGAAAGUAUCGUAAAGUAUCAGACUAAAAGACAAUGUAUUCAAUUUGUAAUUGUGACAAUUACGGACAUUUUAUUUAUUUUCAGCUAUUUGCCAACAGUACUUUUAACCGAACUGAACUCUUUCGUAUAAAAUGAAUCAAUUUAUUUCAAAACGUAGAAAAGUGAUUGACCCUAUUUUGUCCCAACUUGGCUACUUGCAACAAUGAAAUCCGAGCUCACGUUGUGCAUGAGCACAGAGUUUUGCUGUAAUCCCACCAAAGGGCUUUGAGAUGAGUGUCUAAAACUUUUUCCAUGUGAGCAAGAAUUAAAAGUCGCUCUCCUCGUAAACGUUUGGUAUAAAAUCCUCGCGAGGCAGACUGACUCAGUGGGAGUUGAGCCGGAUCCAACUUAAUACGCCAAGCUGCAAGUCGGACCACGCUUUAUUGUGAAAACCUGAUGAUUUCAGAACUUUUCUUGCCGCACUCCUAAAACAACACCAGUGAGUUUCUACUUGCCCUGUCUAGAAGAUAACCAAAGUUGUUCUAGUGUUCUUUUAAAGCACCGGUGUAGUCAGACUUCUCGCCAGGCUUAUCGUACCGCGACACACGUGUCCUGACGCUACUUUCUCGACUUAUUGUUUCCAAGUCCACGCUAUCAGGCGUAUUCUCGCCAACUCUUGCUCAAAAAUUCAAAACCUGCUUUGUGGUAACAGUUGACUUCUUUAGUUCAUUGAUCAGCAGCCACAAAUAUUCGGAAUAAAGGUCCAUUUCGAGUCCAACACGUAGAUCAGAAGAUUGCACCGUAUUUUUCGGACUAUAAGGCGCACUUAAAAUCUAUUAAUUUUCUCAAAAUCGACAAUGCGCCUUUUUACCCGGCGUGCCUAAUGUAUGGAAUAAUUCUGGAUGUGCUUACCGACCUCAAAGCACAUUUAUGUGGUGCAUGGUAAAAUAAUAAGUGUGACCAGUAGAUGGCAGUCACACAUAAGAGAUACGUGUAGACUGCAAUAUGACUCAAGUAAACAACACCAAAACUUUAAAUGUUCCAUAGAGAAUAUAGAACAUUACACACAGCGCUUAAAAAUAUGUCAAAAAUAGGGAUGCACCGAAAUGAAAAUUUGUGGCCGAAGCCAAAGCCGAAUAAAAUUUAAACGCUUGGCCGAAUACCGAAUAGUGAAUGCAGUUUUUAACAAUUUUUUAAAUAUUGCAUAAAUAGCCUAGAAUAAAUAUUUAGACAUGUUUUUCCAAAUAAAGUAUUUUGUUAUUGAAUAUUGAAUUUUUUUUAAUAUUCCAGUAGCCUUUGUUUUUCAAAAAAAGCACAAAGUUUUUCAUUUCUAUUAGGCCUUCAAACAAAACAUGCAUUCCAAAAAAAAAUAAAGUGCAUUGAAGUGGAUGAACCCACAACAAAUGAAUUAUUGUCCUUUUGGCAAAAGUCUGCUUAGCCACAGUAGAUAUGCUAAUAAUGUAAACAGAAGGCUCAAGUAAAUCUCAAUUAAGUGUGUGCUUGUAACCUCAUACACUUAUACAGGUAGCCUACACAACAGGCUAAUAAUGUAAACAGAGGCCCCACUAAAUCUCAAUUAAGUGUGUGCUUGUAACCUCAUACACUUAUACAGGUACACAACAUAUCCCAACGUCACCGCGUCACUGCACGUUGGUUGAUUGCGUCACCGCGUCAAAAAAUUGCGUCACACGCCACUAUUCGGCCUUGUUUUUAACUCAUUCCACCGAAGGCCGAAUGUGGCUUUUUUCGCCAUAUUCGGCUGAAUAUAUUCGGUUACCGAUUAAUCGGUGCAUCCCUAGUCAAAAAUGUUUUUUAGUAUGACUUCGGUGAGCUAUGAAGACGCGUUAAACAUAGCAGUAUUACUAUGUUGUGUAUAUAAGGACUACAAAUGGCACUUAUUAGCAGACAAACCUGGCAUUUUGUUUCACAAUAUUAUGCAAAACCAACUUUUCUUACCUUCUGGUACCUGCUGAUGUAUAUUUAGGAUCUGCAUAAGUCCUGAAAAUUUGCGCGCUUCCGCCUUUGUGGUUGGUGAUGACACCAUAGUCGAUAAUCUUCUUGUUAUGUGACAUUCAUCCUUCGCUUUCGCCAUUUGUAAUAUAAAGUAGUGUAAAGUUCUUACUUAUAUCUGUCAGUAAACUCGGCCUGGAAGCACUAAAACAUACCGGUGUAGUGAGUUGACAUUAUUCACCCAAGGAACUUUAGUUAUUAAAGAGUUCCGGUUGUACAUUUUAUUCAGGGGACACAUUUCGGGUGAUGUUGUUGCACUAGUGAGCCACGGAUGAGGAGAUGUUGCUCAUCCGUAAAGUAAAGUCUGAAUGUCAUUCAAACAGUUAGUGCCAUCUUUUGAAAACUUCUUCCACUCCCUGUCCUUGCACGCUACACCGCUACAACAAAGAUGACGGGGGGAGAAAACGCUAUCAAAGUGGAGGCACGUAAAACAGCGAGUGGAAGAUGAUGUGUAUGCAAAAUUUUGACCAAAGAACUACCAUUACAUGUUUUGUAGACCAGAGUUUUUCAACCUUUUUUGAGCCGAGGCACAUUUUUUGCGUUGAAAAAACCCAGAAGCACACCACCAGCAGAAAUCAUUAAAAAACUAAACUCAGUUAACUGUAAAAAGUGGUUGUCGCAAUUGUUGGGUAUGACUUUAAAACAUAACCAAGCAUGCAUGACUAUAGCUCUUGUCUCAAAGUAGGUGUACUGUCACCACCUGUCACAUCACACCCUGACUUAUUUCACUUGUUUGCUCUUUUCCUGUGUGUAGUGUUUUACUUCUUGUCUCGCACUCCUAUUUUGCUGGCUUUUUCUCUAUUUUUGGUAUUUUCUUGUUGCAGUUUCAUGUCUUCCUUUUGAGCGAUAUUUCCCGCAUCUACUUUGUUUUCGCAAUCAAGAAUAUUUCGGUUGUUUUUAUCCUUCUUUGUGGGGACAUUUUUGAUUGUCAUGUCACAUGAACGCCGUCUUUACUCCACAGUAAGUCUUUGCUGUCGUCCAGCAUUCUGUUUUUGUUUACUUUGUAGCCAGUUUUAGUUUCAUUCUGCAUAGCCUUCCCUAAGCUUCAAUGCCUUUUCUUAGGGGCACUCACCUUUGGUUUAUUUUUGGUUAAAAUAUUAGACGCCUUUUCACCUGCAAGCUGCCUCCCUCUGUUCCCGACAUCUAUAAAACAAUUAGCUACCUGCUGCCACCUACUGACAUGGAAGAGUAUUACACGGUUACUCAAGACAGCACAACAGCAACACAUAAUUUACAGACUAUAAUUACUGGUUUGCAAAAAAUAUUUUUAACCCAAAUAUGUGAAAUUAGAUCAUCUCCCGCAGCACACCAGACUGUAUCUCGGCACAGUGGUUGAAAAACACUGAUGUAGACCACAAGGAAGUCUUUUACAUUUAGAAAAAAAAUCAUUAUAUGACCCCUUUAAUGCCCCUUUUGUUUGAAAAUAGACCUGAAUAGACCCGCACAUCGGCCCUGCGCCUUAUUAUCCGGUGCGCCCUAUGGUCUGAAAAGUACGGUAAACUUCAAUAACUGACAGUGCUUGCAGGUUUCUAACAAAAAGAGUAUUGAUUACAACAACAUGUGCCUGUUAACCAAACAGUAUUUCAGUGUUUGUUUAUUUAGAAGUGUAAGUACUGUAUUUCUGUAAAGUAUUGGUGUAAAAAAUAUAUAUAUCAUGCUAUUUGAAUCACUAAAUGGAGAUUGUACAUUUUCAAUUGUUCUGCAGCUACGAUACAAAAAGUACUGUUGGAGUCUUGGUGCCUUCAGCUCUUUUCUAAUCACAGUCAAACAUAAACUGGAUUACUUCAUGUGUGCAGUGCCUUCUGCAGCUUCCCUUUAAGCGUGUAUUGGUAUUAGUACAAACAUGGGGUCACGUCCUAAUAUUAAUAAUCAUAGCGAUCCUCUAAGACAGGGGUGGCCAUUACGUGGAUGGCGAGCUAGCGGUGGAUGGCGGAGGGUGUGUCAGUCCAUCGCCAGCCAGGCAUCAAAAAAAAAAAAUAGACCUAAAAAUGAUCUUGUGCUGCUGCCAGAUCAUUAUUAAGAAAAAACGACCGACAAAAAGGCGGGAAACACUUUUUAUUCCAACCGACUCUUGCGCCGUAUCUGCCAUCAAACUGAAGACAGAAUGCACAGUUUCUAGAUAUUCACAAUAAAAGCACUGCCUGCUCUGACAAAAUAAGAGUCUCAGGAAGCCAGCAAGCUACGGCGUUUGCCGCCAAUGUUUUUCUUGUAAAGUGUAUAAAAAGGAGAAUGGAAGCUGGACAAAUAAGAUCGCAAAAAGCAAGCAUUUUCAUGUGGUAUUGGACAGAAAUUAGGACGUUAUCAUCACUACUGUCUGAUUCCAAUCAAUGCAAGUCAUCACAAUCAGGUAAUACACCAAUUUAUAGUCUUGUCUUCAUGAAAUAAAUGAAUAUAUUAUCAUUAAAUACCUUAAAAACCUCUCUUUCAUGAAUAAAUUAAUAUAAAUGGUAUGUAUGAAUGAGGUAGAUCCCCUCCACUUUGUACAUUGAAAAGUAGCAGGUCUGCAGAAAAGGUGUGGCCACCCCUGCUCUAAGAGUUACACAUUAUUCUGGGAUAUGACUUUCUACCUGGCACGCACCUUCAGAUGUUUAUUAGAAAAGCACCGGUUGUCUUACAUCAAGUUUGUGGUGCACCGAUAUACAUCAAAUCAUUCCUCCAGGCUCAAUUUGUAAAAUGCCUUCAAGUAGACGUUGUAAAACCAUGAACAAUAAUGUGAUGGACACGAGGAGACAUGACUGUAAGUUCUACAAGAAAUGAAUGUCAAGUGGUGUUAUCCCAGCACAAAUAAAGCACGACAAAAGUC